AUGGACGCAAGAAGGAGGAUUCAACUCACUGCCGUCCUCUUGCUGAUUGCUCUCAUAAUGCUUUCCUAUCAGCUUCUGGAGAUCUACAUGAGACCCUUAAAUGUCCGCCGCAAAUUACACCUUUCCAACAUGAACGAACGACGAUUGGACCUACUGAGUUUUGUAGUUGAUAGUGGUUACACAGAAGUGAAGCGAAAAAGACUUCCGAAUCUGGAGAUGAUAAGUUGGCCGGAGCAAGACUUCUUACCUGUGCCGAUGGGUACUCAGGGUAGUCAUCAAGUGCCUCUGGAAGUCAAAUUCAGUCGUGGACAGAUGCACACCCUGUGGAAACUUUUCCGCACAUUUAUGAAUGUCAUGGAGGCGACCGGUUUAAAUGACAGAUGGAUGCUAUACGGUGGCACGCUGCUGGGAUCUUUUCGCCAUCAUGACAUUAUCCCCUGGGAUGACGAUCUUGAUCUUCUCGUUGACGUUGAGGCUAGACCGGCGCUGAGGGAGAAGUUGCGUUUGCUGAAACCUGACAUUCUUAUUCAAGAGGGCGGACAAAGGGACAAGAUUUACGCAAAAUUAAUUGAGCCGAGCAAUACAACUCAGGACGUUGACGGCAGUCGUCGGCUUAGCGUCUACAGCUGGGGUUGGCCCUACCUGGACGUUAGUUACUACUCCUCCAACCUGACGCACAUCGAAGAACUUGCAUGGUCCUACGGCCGGUCUUAUAGCUACGCCAAAUCGGACAUCUUUCCAAUGCUCUUCAGACCAUUCAACAAGCACUGGGUUCCCACGCCAAGAAACACCUUUGCUGUUCUGCUGCAGACCUACCCUGGAAACGACCUUUGCUCGGCUUCUGGCUACUCGCACAUCUUUGAGAAUGGAACUGAAAGUCGGACAGUGUCGUGCAAAGAACUAGCGGACAGGUAUGCCUUCGUUGAACAUAGCUCUCUUUACAACCCUGUCCAGGACGAGGAUGUCGGAUCGGAAGAAUUAACUUGGAUCCGCGAGCGGCUAGUACGCGGUGGCAAGGUCAUUCACGAUAUCCACUUGGUUGCACCAAGGGUAGACGCCACUGUGGACACCUAUAGUCUGCGUGCAAAGUCCCGGACGUGA